UCGUUUUCAGAAUGUAAUAGAGUCGGUGAGGGCAGAAGAUCAACUACUUAACACUCUUAAUACGACACUGACUUUGGACUCAGGGGGCGUGUUAUACGACGUCGAAUGCCAUGACGACAUGAAAGGGCGACUCACAGAAGCGAAGGACAAGCUUGUGGUGCUCGCCUUCCUACCAAGCUACUGUGCUCACAGCUACAUGAUGAUUCCGGCGGUUCAGGACCUUGCCAAGCUGUAUGCUAAGACGACUUCGUUCCUUAGGAUCAAGGAAGACCAUGAUGACAUAUACGAAAUAUUUGGUAUACACACAGUACCGACAUUUAUCUUCAUGCAGAAUAAGAAGAAACUCGUGGUGCGGACCGGGGCCAGCGUCAAACAACUUGCGGACACGUUGGAAGCUGUGCUAUCUGGCGACUACACUUCGACGACUAGCACCACACAGGCGCCAUUGAGCCAUAUGAUCGACAUAACCAGCCCGCAACACCUGAACGAGACUAUGUCCAGCGCCGGCAACAAGUUGGUGAUCCUCGCGUUCAUGACCAAGUGGUGUUCCAAGUGUAAGAAAAUCGCCCCCAAGGUUGAGGCCAUGGCGGACGAGUAUUACGGCUCUGUCAUAUUUCUAAAGAUCGAUGACAGUAACAAAACCAAAGAGCUAUACACGAAGUACAACAUACAACGCGUGCCCACGUUUGUCUUCAUACGGAACUCCAAAAAACUCAACCAAUACGAGGGGACGUGGUACGAGAAAAUCAGGACGCGUAUAGAAUUGCAAGAUUUUCUAAGUUUUUGAUCAAGAAGAACCGGG